CUGAUGCUCCUCGCCGCGCUCGGCAGCCCCGGCCACAGCGGCAGCAAGAGGGGCCCCGGCACCACAUGUCCUGAGGACUGGCAAGACUAAGCCACGCGCGGGCAGCGGCCGCAGCCCAGGCCAUGGGGUCCGGUGAGGCUUUGGUGCUCCACGUCCUGCUCUGCUGCCUGUGUGGAGCUGCGGCAAACAUCAAGUGCUUGGGGCACGUCUGGAUCGAGCCCGCGCCGGUGGUGCGGAUGGGCUCCAACAUCUCCAUCAACUGCCUCCCCACCCUCGGCUGCAACUGGGACGAGUUAUUCAUCUUCCUCAACAACAACCGCGUGGACGGUCCCCUGCGUCCCCUCAACAGCACCACCUUCCAGCUCCAGCUGCAGGAUUUCCGGAUGCCCUUGGGGCCCGUCCUCUGCCUCGCCAAGUGUUCCGGCAUCCGAAAGCUGGAGCUGGUGUGCGGCACCGACAUCCUGGCCGGCUACCCUCCGGACCCCCCCAGCAACCUGACCUGCUCCAUCGGCGAGCACUCGGGGCGCCUGGCGUGCACGUGGGACACGGGGCAGCCCACCCACCUCAGCACCCGCUACACCCUCCACCUGCGCAGCGUGGGAACGGCGACGGAUGCCGAGGAUGAUGAGAAGGAGGAGGAAGAGGUCUUCCCCGCGGGCUCGCCGGUGCUGCUGAGCGCGCUGCGCGGUGGGAGCCGCUACUCGGCGUGGGUGCAGGCCACCAACGCGCUGGGCACGGCCCGCUCGGCCCCCCGGCGCCUCGACCUGCAGGAGCUCGUGGUGCCCGCUCUGCCCCUGGUCACCGGCGCCGAGACGACGGAGACGUCGCCUCCCACCACCACCGUCCACUGGAGGAGACAGACGCUGCAGGAGAACGUGCGCUGCGAGGAACGACACAAAGCCACGGGCGCCCCGGCAUGGCAUGUGGAGGCAUGGGACGGCACGGCGCAGGACGGGCCCCGCUCGCGGCACAACCUGCAGAGUGACACCCAGUACGUGUUCCAGGUCCGGUGCCGGCUCAGCUCCCCCAGCAGCCCCUGGAGCGCCUGGAGCACCCCCUUUCUCUACACCACCCCCGAGGCAGCCCCGGCCGUGCCACCCGACGUCUGGCGGCGCCUGGGCCCGUCCUUCCCGAACGGCAGCCACGAGGUGACGGUCUUGAUCAAGCCCCUGCUGCCGCGGGAUGCCCGCGGGAGGAUCCUGGGCUAUGCCGUGGUUGCCGAGAGCCCCAGGGGAGAGCUGCUCCUCUGCAACACCUCCAGCACUGCCUGCACCGUCCUAGUGCCCCAGGGAACCCACGUCCUCCACGUCACCGCUCACAACUCCAAGGGGGCGUCCAGCCCUGCCAGCAUCGCCCUCAGCGGGGGCACCAACAGCCAGGAAGAGUUCCCGGCGCCGGCGGCCGUGGAGGUCAAGUCCGAGAACGGGAGCAGGGUCUCGGUGGCCUGGCAGCGCCCCCGCCGCAGCAGGAGGUCCCCGCUCUGGUUCAUAGUGGAGUGGGUUUCCACCGCCCAGGAGGAUCAGUAUUUCUGGAAGAAAGUCCCCUAUGAGGAAACACACACGUACAUCCCAGAAGAGGCAGCAGCAGGAGGUCACAUCAGCGUGUCAGUGUACGCCGUCUACCCCGAUGGAGUCAGCAAACCAAGCUCCAACCAAGUCCCUUCAGAUGACCUGCUCCCAGGCAGCACCUACAGCGAGAUCUCCCACGACGAUGACGUUGGAGUUUUCCUGGGACUGGGCGUCAGCGUGAUCGUAUUAUCUGUUGUUUUUUUAAUUCUGAUGUUUAAAAAGUCAGCCAGAAAAAGAAUUAAGGCCACCAUUGUGUCGCUCUUGCCCAAAUGGCUGUUUGAAGACUUCCCCCACAUGGAAAACAGCAACGUGGUAAAGUCACUCCAGGACAAGAGCGAUCUCACAGGGAACAGUUUCCAUGAGCCAUUCUUGGACACCAGUGACCCCGCAGUUAUGGAAAUUGAGGAGGUGCCAGUACACGAGAAGUACAAGAAUGUGGCCACCAGAAGGAAGCCCAGCAGAGAGGUGCCCGAGGACAGGGAGCACCCGGGCAGCAUGGCCCCAACCAGCACCACGGCCCCCGAGCAGAUCUGUGACUACAAACCUCAGGUAUCCGACGGGAACGCGCUGGGGUAUGUAGCUGCCAACUUCUACCAACUACAGCCCCCCGCAGCCCUCCCAGAACUGGAGACGAACAUCUUCUUCAGAGACUACACGAGCCCCGUUCCCCAGCUGUGGGACGGGGAGGCAGGGGGGCACCAGGUCUGUCUGCUGGAGAAGAUCAACCUCAUCUUAAACACCAGCCGGAGCGGGCAGAGCCAGGUGUUCAGCUCGGCCCAGGGGGGACACGGCUCCUUCCUGGAGAACCCCUGGGGACACGCGCUGGCCGGCGAUGUCCAAGAGCAAACGCUGGUCCCAGACGAGCUGGUCUCCUGCCUGAGAGCCAUGAACGGGGAGUCGGGGGAUGUGAAGACCCGCUUCCCGCAAAGCAUCGGAGGAUUAUUUUGAAAGGGAUUGCAGUUGUGAUUAAAAAAACCCGAAGGGAUGGCCAUGGCACAUAUCAGCCUUUGAGGCUGCAAACAGCAGAACUGGAGCAAAACUCUGAAAAUUCACCUUUUUAAUUGACUACAAAUAUUUGUGGCUGCCUGGAAGGCUUCGGCCAGUAAAUCACAGUUUUAAACUUACCUCACACUGUCACAAGCAGUGGAUUCCCCUAAGAACUGAAAUACAGAGCAGGUGAUUUUUGCAGGACACGAUACGCUUCAAUUAUUAUUCAAAAUCAUUCUCUUGUUAAGUAUUAAAUUCUCUCGUUUGGAGCAUUUCAUCCCUGGAGCUGAUUGCAGUUAAAAUGGAUAAAACGAUGCCUCAAACAUCCUGACUGAAUUAUGUAAAAAUGCCUUGGGAUCACUCCUAAGGAAGAGCCACGGCACCGAGGAGGAUUUCUAUAUCGUACAGCAGACACGGGUACCAGGAACAGGAAAUCUUUUCUGUAUGAUGGAAUAACCCAAUUUCAUUUUCCCUCCCGUUCAAUAAUAAAAACUACUUCAGGUAGGAACGAGCCUUCACCAUCUGCCAGGCUGCUUUAAAAUCUCUCUGAAUUGGUCACUGGGCAGACUCUUCAUUUUGAGUGAGGGAUUUAUCAUCUCCCAGCAGCUUGCCGCUGCCUCAGCCUUGCCAUCCUGCGUGAAGCACAAUGUGGUACAGCGAAAUGGUGUUUAUUCGGCACGUGACAGGGAAUUUGGAUCUUCUGACAUCCAGAAAAUGAGCUACAGGAGUCCCCUUCCCACUGAGGGGUCGUGAAAUCAUUUACAAGUUUGCCCGGGACUUCAGAAGCGGUCUUGCAAAAUGCUCCUAGAGCAACCACAAAAUCCCUGGAAAUGUGAGAGUUUGGAUUAUCUACUUGCCGAUCACCCAAAGCUUUUUAAGGAAACACUCCAAAUGCUUUUAAGGAAUACAAGCAUAAAAGAAGUUUACAACACCCUCUAAAAUGCCUGACCAGCCAGCGCUCUCAGCGACGUUUGGUCUCCUGCUCCUCUUCUCCUACCUCUUGUGUCCCAGCAGGGACUGGUUUUGAUCUGGAGCUGCAGCCGUCGGAGGUGACACUGCGUGUGGCUGGGGUGGGCACGGGUGCUGGUGCCAGAGCCAUGUGCCCAUGCACACCCGUGCACACCCACAGACAGCCAUGGACAACCAUGCACACCCACGGACAGCCAUGGACAACCAUGCAUGCCCAUGGACACCCAUGCAUGGCCAUGCACAUCCAUGGACAAUCAUGCGUGCCCAUGGACACCCAUGCACACUCAUGGACACUCAUGCACGCCCAUGGACACCCAUGGACACCCAUGCACA